AUGAAAACUCCUCUGCUUUCAUGGCUUUUCUUACUCCGCGUUUGCUAUGUUUCACUCACCUUCCAUACGUUUGUGGUUACUAGCCAAUGUCCCGGCGAUCAGCAAUCUUUGUUGCUACAAUUGAAGAACACCCUCACAUUUGAUCCUGCAACAUCUCAAAAACUUGUGAACUGGAACCAUGGCGCGGACUACUGCUCUUGGACAGGAGUGUCCUGCAAAGAGGGUUGUGUUUCGAAUCUGGACUUGAGCAGCGAGGCGAUUAGUGGUGGACUUGAUAAUUCGAGUUCUCUUUUCGGUCUGAAGUCAAUCGAGAACCUGAAUUUGGCUUACAACAACUUCAACUACACUCAGAUUCCUUCCGAGUUCAAGCAGCUAACAGGUUUGACCAAUCUGAACUUGUCGUAUGCUGGCUUUGCGGGGCAGGUUCCUAUUGAGAUUUCACACCUUACGAGGUUGGUAAAUCUUGAUUUGUCUACCUACUAUUUCCUCGAAACUCCUGCGUUGAAUCUUGAGAAUCCAAAUUUGAAUGUGCUCAUUCAGAACUUUUCUGAGCUUGUUGAACUUCAUCUAGAUGGUGUAAGGAUAUCAGCACGGGGGACUGAGUGGUGCCAAGCUAUAUCAUCUUCACUGCCAAAAUUGAGGGUGUUGAGCUUGUCCACUUGUAAUCUUUCUGGACCUAUUGAUAGUUCAUUACUGAAGCUUCACUCACUCUCGGUUAUUCGUUUAGAUUACAAUGAUUUUUCUAUUCAAGUUCCAGAGUUCUUCUCAAAGUUCCCAAAUUUGACUUCCUUGCACCUACGCGGUUCUGGCUCAUAUGGUACAGGUUCAAGCUUAUAUGAAACAGGUUCUGGCUUAUAUGGUACAAUUCCGGAGAAGAUCUUCCAGGUACCUACACUGCAGACUAUUGACUUAUCUGGUAAUCCGCAGCUUCAAGGUCCAUUACUAGAAUUUACGAAGAGUGGAUCUCUUCGGUCCUUGGUUCUAAGCGGGGCUAACUUUUCAGGCCAGUUACUUCCGAACUCUAUUGGAAACCUCAAAAUGUUGUCCAACAUAGAUAUUUCGGGGUGCAAUUUCACUGGAUCAAUCCCAAGGUCAAUAGAAGACCUUCAUCAAUUGGUUUAUUUUGACUUGUCACGGAACAAGUUCAAUGGUUCAGUUCCAUCCUUCAGUAUGGCCAUGAAUCUGACCCUAAUAAAUCUUUCUCACAAUCAGCUAACGGGUCAGAUUAAUUCCACUCACUGGGAAAACCUGACUAAUCUGGUGAAUCUCGACUUGCAACACAAUCUACUUGAUGGGACUAUUCUGUCAUCUCUGUUUUCUCUUCCCAUGCUGCAAAAUUUAGGGCUUUCUAACAAUAACUUCUCUGGCCAGUUACCUGAAUUUGGUAAUUUUUCUCCCCUAUACUUCCUUGAUUUGAGCAGCAAUAGUUUGGAAGGGCCUAUACCCAUGUCCAUCUCUUAUCUACGAGAGCUUAGAGUACUCUUUCUUUCUUCAAACAGCUUCAGUGGGUCCUUUCCGCUUAAUGAUAUUCAACAACUGAAAAAUCUCUCAAGUCUUGAUCUUUCAUACAAUAGCUUGCUAAUUAAUUAUGAGAGUUCCAAUUCCUCCUACUCCCUUCCGAAAUUUUCCAUAUUGAAAUUAGCUGCUAUAAAGUUGAGAACCUUUCCUGAUUUCUUGAGAAAUCAAUCAAGAUUAAGAACUUUGGACCUAUCACAAAACCAAAUUCAUGGUGAGAUACCCAACUGGAUUUGGAGGCUCAGUAGUCUUGGUGAACUAAAUCUUUCUUGCAACUCCUUAGUAACACUAGAAGGUCCUUUCCUCAAUCUUACUUCUAGUUUGUUUGUGCUUGACCUUCAUUCCAACCAGCUUCAGGGACCAAUUCCAAUGCUUCCAAAAAAGGUCACUUAUCUGGAUUACUCAAGAAAUAAUUUCAGCUCAAGCAUUCCGGCUGACGCUGGUGAUUUCCUUAUGUACAUUGUGUUCUUCUCUCUUGCAAGCAACAAGUUAAAUGGAAGCAUUCCAGAAUCAAUGUGCCAAGGAACAUAUCUUCGGAUUCUUGAUUUGUCCGAUAAUUCUCUACGUGGUCCAAUUCCCCAAUGCUUGACUACCAUAAGUGGGACACUGGAAGUACUUAAUCUGAGGAGAAACAAACUUGCUGGUUCUGUUCCUGAUGGAUUUCCUCAGCAUUGUAGUUUGAAAACUCUUGACCUCAAUGGAAAUCAGAUAGAAGGUCAAUUUCCAAAAUCUCUUGGCAAUUGCAGAAUGCUAGAGGUUUUAAACAUUGGAAACAAUCAGAUAAGAGAUAUCUAUCCUUGCGUGUUGAAGCAUAUAUCCUCCUUGAUUAUCCUUGUUUUGCGAUCCAACCGUUUUUAUGGACAUAUGGGAUGUAACAAAACCAGCGGUAACUGGCCAAAGCUUCAAAUUCUUGACAUAGCUCGCAACAAUUUUAGUGGUGAAAUACCAGGAAGAGUUUUGAGAACCUGGAAAGCAAUGAUGGCUGACGAAAGUGAUGCCGAGUCAAAAACUAAUCACCUUCGAUUUCAAUUUCUAAAGUUCGGUCAGGUAUAUUAUCAGGAUGCUAUAACAGUUACCACCAAAGGUCUAGAGAUGGAAUUGGUAAAGAUUCUAACUGUUUUCACCUACAUUGACAUCUCAUGCAACAACUUUAGUGGACCAAUACCUGCGGAGGUGGGAGAACUCAAAUCCCUCUAUGGCCUCAACUUGUCUAGCAAUGCUCUCACAGGCACAAUCCCACCAUCAUUAGGUAACCUACGACAACUUGAGUCGUUAGACCUUUCAAACAACAGCUUGAGCGGGCAAAUUCCAGUGGAGUUUGGGGUCCUUACUUUCCUUUCUUUCCUAGAUGUCUCAAACAAUCAACUGGUCGGGAAGAUACCAAUCAGUACCCAGAUUUCAACAUUUCCAGCGGAGUCCUUCGCAGGCAAUAAAGGAUUAUGUGGGCCACCUUCACUUCUAAGAUGCGGUGAUACCAACAUGUCACCAAGGCUGUCACCAACAUUAGAUGGCAAACAUUCUAAUUCUGCGCACGGAAUUGAUUGGGAUCUGAUUGGUGCUGAAGUUGGGUUUAUUGUUGGCUUUGGGAUUGCUACUGGAUCACUUGUGUUUUGCAAGAGAUGGAGUAAAUGGUAUUACAAAACUAUGUACAAAAUCCUUGUUAAGAUAUUCCCUCAGCUUGAAGAUAGAAUUGGUCCUCACCGAAGACAUGUCCACAUAAAUCAAAGGUUGGGACGCUGA